UAUCCUCACCGGGUCGGAGCCUUGCCACAACACGGCGGCAGCAAAAUGAGCGUGUACACAUUUUUAGAGAUUGACGUGAAUGCGCAGGUGGAGGAGCUGCGUGCCUACCUGAAGGAGGUGGGUGCGGAGAUCUCCAUGGAGCGGAGUCCCAAGGGGCUGGAGGACGACCUGCACAAGAUCAUUGGGGUUUGCGACACAGCGUUCUCCUCUGAGGCGACCGAGGCAGAGGUGGAGGCCCUGCUCAACUCGAUCGUGUCUGUGCUCAUCGUGGUUCCAGUAGGAGAGAAGACAGAGAGCCUGAUCCUGGCGUUUUGUGAGAAGCUGGCCAAGGCGCCCUCCAACAGACUGGGCCACGUGUGUCUUAGGGUACUCAACCUGCUAUUCCACGCUUUGCCGGAGAACCUUGGGGUGCGGUACCAUGUUUACUACACAAUGGUCCAGGUGUCGGGGCAGAUCGGGCAGGUGCAGGCCGUGUACCAGUCCGUGGAGAAGAUGCGCUCCACCCUUAACACUGCCCAGCCGCCACCCUCCACUGAACAGCUGCAGCAGCUCCUCCGCCUCCUCCACCAGACACUCCUUGCAAACAAACUAAGUGAGGAGGCCAGCAAGGUGAUGAUAGAGCUUCUGGGAACGUACACCACUGAGAACGCAUCCCAAGCUCGCGAGGAUGCUCACCGUUGCAUCAUUGCCUCCCUGGCUGACCCCACCACCUACAUCAUGGACCAUCUCCUUACUCUAAAGCCUGUCAAGUUUCUGGAGGGGGAGUUGAUCCAUGACUUGCUGACCAUCUUUGUGUCAGAGAAGCUGCCGGGUUACAUCCACUUCUAUAACAACCACAAGGAGUUCAUCUCAUCCAUAGGCCUGGACCACGAGGCAAAUGUGAGGAAGAUGCGACUGCUCACCUUCAUACAGAUGGCCGAGAGUCAGUCUGAGAUGUCCUUUGACUUGCUGAUGCAUGAGCUCCAGCUUGGUGCCGAGCAGGUGGAGGGAUUUAUCAUUGAGGCCCUCAAGACCAAGCUGGUGAGUGCGCGCAUGGACCAGAACCUAAGGAAAGUGUUCGUCACAUCCAGAGUGCACCGAACAUUUGGCAGAAGUCAGUGGCAGGCGCUGCACGACACACUCAGCGGCUGGAAGACAAACCUGGCGCUGGUGAAGGAGUCCAUGCAGGCUAUCGUCAGUGCCCCCAUUGUCCCUGCGAAAUAAACUGAUAAGAAAAACUAGUAAAUAAAAGUGUACGUCAACAUCAGUUUUGUACUGUUCUCACUCACCUGGAUUCUGCGUCUCUGUUGGUCGUCAGCUGAAUAAAGAGCAGAGGGUA